AUGUCCGAUUCGAGAGUGCCAAAUCGUCGAGCACAACAUCGAAAACUCAGCGAAUCUCGUGGUGUUAAACUACCCGAUAUCGCUAUAGCACCGAAGGUGUUGAAUGACAAAUUUGAUGUAUCGAAAUUGAAAAACACCACAGAGAAGCAACUCAACGUUAGCGGUGAGCAGAAAGCGAGUAAACGCAAACAAGUCUAUUACUCAGAUCAGAUCCAGUUGGAGUCCGGAGGGUCCGAAAGCCGUUCACAAUCAGCCUCACCAAACUCUCCACCUCUUACAAGUUCACCUGUGGGAUAUGCCAUAAGUGCAUGCCGAGGAGCAAUAGCGAUUCGUCAUCGCGCAGAAAAUAUUACGUACACCCAAAAUUUCAGGCAUCCCGGCGGCUUAUUGUCUAGCAGUCAACUAGAACCUCCAAAAGCAACGCGUCACACUCGUGAUACACCCUCUGAAACACCAACUGUAACUUCGCUGGACGAUGCACUGGAUAUAACGGUGUUUUGGCCGGACAAUCGAGGAUGUCAGCUACCACUUAUCAAUGGUAAAUUAGCAAAGGCUUCGGACAUAAUCGAUAUUUUGGCUGAAUAUUAUAGCAUCGAUGCACCACUUCUGCAUGAAACGUGUGCGCUCUGGAUGGUCUCAGAUCUGUUAGAGGUACAACUGAAAGCACAUCAUAUUCCAUAUGAGAUACGCAACAGUUGGGAAGUGCUUCUGAGACGCUUCGCACACUUGGAGCCUGACGAUCAUGUGGCUGGUGAUGAGCCACUUCUGGUCCUGAAACGGAACGUUUUGCUGUCGGUCGAACGUGAAAUUGAAAUAGAGAAUGAUAAUAACGAGUUUCUGACGGAAAUUCUCUAUGUGAGCGCAAAAGAGGAGAUUCUUCGAGGCCGUUACCUGUGUGACCUUGAUACGGCCAUACAUUUCGCUGCUCUACAACUGGCCAUCGAGUACGGACCGUAUGAACUGAGCGAGAAAGAUCUUGACUGGCUCAGGUAUACUGAUUCAUUUUGUGGCUACUCUGUGAUUUUAGAGCAGUCAAGAGACGAUAUUCCAGCGUUUUUCCCCGUCCAGCAUCGACAUUCCGUAAAAUCUGUCUAUUUGUUUGGGUUUCCGGUAGUGGGUUGCAAAGGGCUCGAGAACGAUAUCCUCGAAGAAUAUCAACAAGUUUCGAAGAAAUUCGGUAGUAAUCACGAGAGGCGAAAAGAGUAC